GAGUCCCCGGCGCCCCGCUCCUCCCCUUGUGCUGCUUUUCUGCGCCGCUCGCUCGGAGCGCCCUCGGAGAGCGGGAGGGAGCGCAGUGCCCGCGGAGUCCGAAUGCGCAGCGGCGGCAGAAGCAGCAUAGCGUCCCGCGGUACAUUAGCUCCAAGUCUCAAUGAGGAGCCCAAAUAUGGCGACCUUCAAACAGCAGAAGGUGGAGGAUGUAUAUGAAAUUGGAGAAGAGUUGGGAAGUGGCCAGUUUGCCAUAGUGAAGAAAUGCCGGGAGAAGAGCACGGGGGCCGAGUAUGCCGCCAAAUUCAUCAAGAAAAGGCAGAGCCGGGCGAGCCGUCGAGGGGUGCAGCGGGAGGAAAUUGAGAGGGAAGUGCACAUUCUGCAGCAGAUCCUGCAUCCCAAUGUCAUCAAACUCCACGAUGUCUAUGAGAACCGAACAGAUGUGGUCCUCAUCCUUGAGCUAGUUUCUGGGGGAGAGCUCUUUGACUUCCUGGCACAGAAAGAGUCUUUGAGUGAGGAGGAAGCAACCAGUUUCAUUAAGCAAAUCCUGGAAGGCGUUAACUAUCUGCAUGCCAAGAAAAUUGCUCACUUUGACCUCAAGCCAGAGAACAUUAUGCUUCUGGAUAAGAAUAUUCCCAUUCCGCACAUCAAGUUGAUCGACUUUGGCCUGGCUCAUGAAAUUGAAGAUGGAGUGGAAUUUAAGAACAUUUUUGGGACCCCAGAAUUUGUAGCUCCAGAAAUUGUGAAUUAUGAACCCCUUGGGCUGGAGGCUGAUAUGUGGAGCAUAGGAGUCAUCACCUACAUCCUGUUAAGCGGUGCUUCACCUUUCCUUGGAGACACAAAGCAGGAAACGCUGGCAAAUAUCACAGCAGUGAGCUAUGAUUUUGAUGAGGAAUUCUUCAGCCAGACCAGUGAAUUAGCUAAAGACUUCAUUCGGAAGCUUCUGGUUAAAGAAACAAGGAAACGACUCACAAUCCAAGAAGCACUCACUCAUCCCUGGAUCACGAUGAAAGCAGAGCCCAAAGCCCCCGGGCACAGGAAGACAGAGCUCCCCCAGGUGAAGACGAAGCGCUUGAGAGAAUACACCAUCAAGUGCCACUCCAGCAUGCCCCGCAACAACACCUACGUCAAUUUUGAGCGCUUCUCCCGCGUGAUGGAAGACGUGGCGGAGGCCGAGCGCAGCUGCAGCCACCUGGCGGCGGCGCACGACUCUCUCCAGGACGACGUGGAGGCCCUGGUGUCCAUCUGCAACGAGAAGGGGGCCUGGUACCGAGAGGAGAGCGAGAGGACUCGCUACAGCCUUUCCCAGCUCAAGUACGAAUACCGCAAGGUGGAGGCCAUGAAGAAGGCCCUCCGAGAAGACGUCCAGACGGUGGGCUCCGAGCUGGGCAGUGUUGCCGGAAAAUACGCUCAGCUCAGGGCGCAGUAUGACUCUCUGAGGAAGGAACUUUCCGAGGACCUGAGGUGGAUCCAAGAGCUCACAAAUGAGUUCCAGCGGGAGCAUGGUGGCGGAGGCAGAUUUGGCCCUGUUUUCAGCAGAGAUGUGAAUGAGUCACUAAUGGAACUGAUAAAUAGGUCUUGCAGUGAAGACUUCCUUGCAGGUCUGAAGCUCAGGGUUACAGAAUCCAGCCAGUAAUGGGGCCUAAUUGGUCUGCCAAAGCACGUUCUCCAUUGUCUCGCUGCCGGGAUCCUCACUGCGGGAGGAAGAAAUUGUUCCAGCCGGUUUUCCAUCCCCUUCUCGCCUCCCACCCGCCCAAUUCCCUUCAGACUGACCGCCUCAUCCUAGCAUUGAAUCAGAAAUUGCCGGCAAUAAUUAGUGAUGCAAAUUAUUUUCCCUCUCUCCCAUCCCAGCACAGUACAGCCCAUCUCCCACUUGGGAGUACACUUGGAGUACAGCAUUUCAUUAGGGCCCUGGUGAGGCAGUCACCUGGCAAAGUGGACUUCCCUUAUUGCAAAGCCAUGAGGGAUGGCCCCGUUAUAUUUACCACCUCCUCAUCUCGUAGUCUCUAGAUGUUAGUCUGUGUUGCCAACACAUGUGGGUUAUGUGGUACUUACUUACUCUCUGGGGGAGCUCAGUACGAAGGAGGCUGGGAGAAGAAUGCAGCCUUAACUCUGCAGAAGCUCCUUUCAGAACCUCCCUCAGUUCUCCCAAGAACCCCGUGAAGUAGGAAGAGGAGUUGCUAUUGUUAUGCCUUUGUGACAAGGCUGUGGAGCCCUAGCAUCCUAAAAAUCAAUCAGUGAACAAACAUUUAUUAAGCACUUACUGGAUGCCCAGCACUGUACUGGGGGAUGGGGGCAGGAUGGGGAUGUGGAAAAUAGGAGAGUGCAAAGAAAGGCAAAAAGCAGUCUAUGUCCUUAAGGUGUUUGUAUAUUCUAAAAUACUAAUAUUAUCUUUUAAUAUAUUAUUCUAAUAAGGAGCUUGUAGAUUCUAAUGGGGAAAGUAAGAUUUAUUUAAAUAAAUGUAUAUAAUCAUUAUUAAGUCAGUCAACAGAGAUUUUUUAAGUGCCAGGCACUAUACUAGGUUGAAGGGGAAAGGGGAAUGCAAAGAAAGGCAAAAAACAAUCAUCCUCAAGACAGAGUCCUUUUUUCCCAUGGGAGAGGUAACACUCAUAGAAAGAGAUGCAUAGAAUCUAUAAGUCAAUAAACAUUUAUUGUGUACCAAGAACCUUACUAAGUUGGAGAGGAAGGAAGAGUAAUUAAUAUACAGAAAGGCAAAAAGCAGUCUCUGGGAGCUUAUGCAUUCUAAUUGGGGAUGUAACAUUCAUUUAAAUAGAUGCCUAAAAACAGUAAAUCAUUAGUUAACAGACUCGCUACUUAAGGACUAAGGGUACCAAAAGAAAGGUGGGGGGAAUCUCCUAAGGAGCAUAUAGGCAUAAUAUUGGCAGGUAUCUUCCCAGAGCAAUUUGAAUGUUUUGAAAAAUUCAUUAUCCAUAUAGGAUCCUGCCCAAGAACUGUUCGUGCCAAAUUCACUGCCACCACUAUAUGCUGAAAGCAACAUGACAAGUCAGUAAGCAUUUAUUAAGCACUUACUGUGUGCCAGGCAUUGUAUUACAAUCUGGAGAUAGAAAGAAAGACAAAAUAGUAGUCCUCUUGCUCAAAGAACUCACAUUCUAAUGGAGGACACAUAAGUAUACAUAUGAGAUGUAUAUAGGGAUAGAUUUGAGGGAACCUUAGAGGACAACUGGGUGGGACCAGAACCACAAAAGACUUCUUGCAGAGGGUGGGCAUUGAGCGGAGUCCUGAGGGAAGCUAGGAGUGGACUCGAGGACAGAAUACUUCUCAAGCAUGGGGGGAAAGCUCUGAAAAGGCCUGGGGACAGAAGAUGGAGUAUUUUAUGGAGGAACUAGUCAGAGGGUCGGGAUGUUGAUGGAUUGUAGAGUUCAAGGAGAGGAGUAAAGUGUGGUCAGUAAGAUGAGGUUAGGAAGGAAAUAGUUACAUUAAGUAACAUUUGGCCCCUAUCUUUUCCUCGAGUUAUUCAUAGCCCCCAAAAUUCACCUGAAGACCAGAACUAAGAAGUUUAAGGUCCCCUCUCCUUGCUCUUAUGCUUAUUUUUUUAAAAAUCAAGCCAAUCAGGGUUAAAUGACUUGCUGUGGGCCACAUAGUAAGUUUUAAGCAUCUGAAGCCACAUUUGAACUCAGAUCAUCCUGAUUCAGAGCUGGAGCCACCUUGCUGUCCCCUCUCCUUGAUCAUAGGGACUUGUCGUUCUUUCUGAUAUGACAAUUUCACAUAGAGUUUUGUGGUUCACAGCUCUAGAAACCUUAGGACUGUUCUUUCUGAUAUGACAAUUUCACAUAGAGUUUUGUGGUUCACAACUCUGGAAACUUAGAACUUGUCAUUCUUUCUGAUCUGACGAUUUCACAUAGAGUUUUAUGGUUCACAGCUCUAGAAACCUUAGGACUUGUAGUUCUUUCUGAUAAGACAAUUUCACAUAGAGUUUUGUGGUUCACAGCUCUAGAAACCUUAGAACUUGUCAUUCUUUCUGAUCUGACAAUUUCACAUAGAGCUUUGUGGUUCACAACUCUGGAAACCUUAGAACUUGUCAUUCUUUCUGAUCUGACAAUUUCACAUAGAGCUUUGUGGUUCACAACUCUGGAAACCUUAGAACUUGUCAUUCUUUCUGAUCUGACAAUUUCACAUAGAGCUUUGUGGUUCACAACUCUGGAAACCUUAGAACUUGUCAUUCUUUCUGAUCUGACAAUUUCACAUAGAGUUUUGUGGUUCACAACUCUGGAAACCUUAGGACUUGUUCUUUCUGAUCCAACAAUUUCACAAAGAGUUUUGUGGUCCACAGCUCUAGAAACCUUAGAAAUCAUUGUAAUGAGUGGCACCUUGAGAUAGUGUAUUAAACUGAGGUUAGAGGGAAAUGAAUCCAGCGUCAGGAGAGCAGGGUUCAAUUCUAAUUCUAAGCAAAUCAUUUCAGUUCUUUCCAGGAUUUUCAUCUGUAAAUGGAACAAUAAUACUUUCAGUACCUACUUCACAUGUGUGUUUAUGAGGAAAGUGUUUUGUAAAAUUUAAGGCUCAAUAUAACUACUUGAUAACUAGUUGUUGAUUGAUUAUUUAAAUGUGAGAGCUAUUGUGACUUUUGCCUUCAUGAUCUGAUAUAAUGACCAGAGCAGCUGGAGGUCUGAUGCCCUUAUGUUCCAGAUAGAGUGAAUCUUUCAACCAAUUGUUAAUUAGGUACCUAAUUAUGCAAGGCACUUUGUAGCAUAAAUUACUGAGGAAAGAAGACUUGCACAUAGGAACACUGACGUUGGUGCAAGGCAGCAGCUAAAUGACAAGAGCCAAAUGAGUCAGACAAUCAGUACUAGAAUAGGAUUAAUUCAGCCAACAGAAUUUUAAUCCUGCUAAAUCCAGUAUAACUAACAGCAAAAUAAAUAAAUUAAUUAAUUAAAUAAAAUCUAAUAAGAACCAGAAUCUCAAACUUGAAAGAGACUUACAGAAGUUAUAGAGUCCUACCUGUGCUACACAGGAAUCACCUCUGGACCAUUCCCAGUGAUCAUCCAGUCAUUGUUUUAAGGCAUCACAUAACAGAACCUGCUGCUUCCUGAAACCACCAAUUCUGUUUUUGGAUGGUACUCAUUAUUAGGAAGAUUUUUCUUACACAAGCUUGAACCUGUCCGUGUAAAACCUCUCACUAUCUCUCUAGACUUGCCUUCUGGGCCCAAGUAGAAAAGAAUCUACAGUACUUAGUACUCUUAUAUGUCACAGCUCUUCAAAUACUUGUCAAAUACAAAUAACAAUAAUAAUUAUGAUAUCUGAUGUAUAUAUGACUUAUUAAGGUUUGCAAAAUGCUUUGCAGAUUCAGGGUUUAAGAUUAAAUUAAGACAUACCUGUGCUAUUGCAUUUGAUCUUCACACCAUCCCUGUGAAUACUGGUCCUUCCCUUUCCCCCCGAACCCUCCCCCAAGUCUUUUUUUCUCCAAACUACACAUUCCUUCUUUUUUCCUUCAAUCCUUAUAUGGCAUGGUGUUGAGACAUUCAUUCUCCUGGAUGCUGUUCUCUAAUGGCUUUCAGUUAAUCAAUUCCCUUCCUAAAACAUGGUACCAGAAUUGGUCAUAACAUUCUAGGUAUGAUUUGACUAGAAUGCAGCACAAUUUUGUUGUUCGGUCAUGACUCCAUUUAGGAUAUUCUUAGAAAAGAUAUUGAAAGUGGUUUGCCAUUUCCUCCUCCAGCUCAUUUUACAGAUGGGAAAACUGAGACAAACAGGGUUAGGUGACUUGCCAAAGGUCAUACAAUUAGUGUCUAAGGCCAGAUUUAAACUCACAAAAGAUAGUCUCUCCAUUCUAGAUACUUUAUCUCAAAAUUCAUUAAUUAAGAGACCUGAUUUGGAGACAAGAAAGAUCAGACCUCUGAAAAUUACCACUUGGGUGACCAUGGAAAAGUAACUUUACAUUGAACCACAGCAGCCUUAUUUGGCAAAUGGGGAUAAUACUGGUCACAACCUUAGCUCAUAGGGUUGUUGUGAGAAUGAAAUAAAGUCAAGAACUAGUUACUUUUUUUUUUUUUUUUUGGUAAGGCAGUUAGGGUUAAAUGACUUGCCUAGGAUCACACAGCUAGGCAGUAUUAAAUGUUUGAGGCCAUAUUUGAACUCAAAUCCUGAUUCCAGGCUGGUGCUCUAUCCACUGGGUAGUCUAGCUGCCCCACAACUGGUUACUUUUUAACGUCUCAUUUUAAAAGGAGGAAACCAAAGCUCAGAAAAGUAAAGUCAUUUUUCUAGGGUCACACAACUGGUUAGCUAUUUUCUCACUCCCAGUCAGUGAUAUUCUAGUAAAUAUUUAGCAAACAUCUCUGAAAAAAUAAAUGCCAGUAAGUAACACUUUUAAGCUUAAUUUGCAUUAUUAAUAUUUUCUCCAUCACUUUCUUAAGGCUACACAAUUAACAACGUAAUCAAGUGAACCUUGAUUUGUAAUGUUUGCCAAUUUUCAAGGCAUAAAUUCUCACACUGAAAAUUUAAUAGAUGGUUUUGGGGACUAGUACAAAUAGGCUUUAGCUCCCAGACCAGUGGCAGAUUGGGAUUUUGUUUUGUUUUGUUUUUUUAAUCAAUGGAAUUGCCCCCUUUGUGCUCACAUUAAAGCACUGAUAACAUCUUCACCAUUUCACAAGGAAUAAUUUUCCUCUAUAUCUGAUGACCACAAGUAUAAACUAAAUAAUACUGAGUUCCAUAGCACAGAGGGACUUGGAGAAGAGAGUUGUCUUUCGGGUAACUCAGAGGAGAUAAAAUGGAUUUAUCCUUGAUUCAUUGGUUAUCAAGCAGCUCCCAACUGGGUAAGCUAAAGAAAGUCUCUGCCUGAAAUCUGAAGGAUUCAAGAAACAGGAAUGAAUAGCUGGAAAGAGCUAGUUGUAACUGUUUUCUCAGGACAUCUCUUAACAAGGAAGAAAUGCAGCUCAAUUGAGAAUGAUGGAGGUUCUAGGCUAGAAAACUUUUCAGUAUCCUUCCGAUAGAAGAGACUAUGUAGAGCUAUGGUCAAAUAGCUCUCAGAAAGCUGCUUCCCUCUCUGAAAUCAUUGAGGAUUUGUCACUUUCAAAAAUGUUUAGGAAGAACUCAUCCAAGUGGUGUUUCCUGUAUAAAUACCCUUGUGAAGAAUUUUGUUUUUUUAAUUAUGACUAUGUACUUUGCUGUAUAAAUUCUAAUUUUCACAUGGAA